CAAAUAGAAAAACAAUCUAUCCCAACAUUUCAAAGCAAAUUAACUUUCCUAUGAGAUUCACCGCAAAAAAAAAAAAAUAUUACUCAACACUCCAAUUCAAACUUCAUGAUAUGUACAUUCAUCUAAAUUAUAGUUUGACUGCAAUCCAAUCUAAUCGACCUGCAUGUUGUACGGAAAAACAUAGAUAACAUUAGUUCCCCAAGUAAAGGGUAAAAAAAAAUGGUGCUUUCAAAAUUAGGAAAGAAGACUGAGCAAUAAUAUAUUUUCCUCAAAAGCAAUUUCAUAGUUAUCUCAAAGACACGAUAAUCCCAUUUAAUAUCUUCCCAAACAAAAACAAAAUCAUUGGUAAGAUAAUAAUAACCGACUUAAUCAUUUACAGAAUAAAAACGCAACUAAUUCUCAUUAUUUUCAUAAUUAAUAUUUAGCCAACUUUGUUCAACUAAUGACUAAUUAAUAAAUUAAAUCCCUACCCGUAGUCAAUAUUCUUGUCUCUGCUAGCCGGCCUUUUACUGCCUCAGCCGUUACCGUUUUCUUUUUCUUUGACUUGACUUUCCAAUUUCCAUCGUCCCCGUUUCCCGUCCAGUUACGCGCGUGCUUCACAAGCCCACACCAGUGCACGUGCCGGUUGAAGAAAAGAAAAAAACGAGGGAGAGAGGAGAGAGAGAAAGUCUAAAGUCCCUGCAUCAAAACAUUUCUUACCAAACUGUAGAAAGAGAAAGAAAGACUCUUUUCCUUCUUCUUCUUCUUCACCUCUCCGUUUCUUCCCCUUUCCUUCUCAAUAAUAAAAUCCCUUCUCCCCCUUCAUUCUCAGUCUGUUUUCCUUUUCCUGAGAAACAAACAACGAACCCACCACUCAGAGGAAGGAAAAGGGUGCAAGAAAUUCCGAUUCAAUUUUGGAUUUCAGAAUCAGGGUGGGAGCAACAAGCUAUGGAGAAAUCAUCGCCGAGAUUUCACCCAGACCACCGGAAUUACGCACAGUCGCCGCAGUCCCUCCUUCCUUCUCCCAACAGUAGCAGUAGUAGCAACAGCAGCAGCCCUUCCUCAAAUGGCCUCCGGGCGGCUGCUCAACCGCCGCCUCCGCCGCAGCAGCAGAUGCCGUCUCCGCGGCCAAUCCCCAGAUCCGAAUCGGCCAACCCGUACCCGACGACCUUCGUCCAGGCCGACACCUCUUCUUUCAAGCAGGUCGUCCAAAUGCUGACCGGAUCUCCGAAAUCGGCAGCCGCGGCGGCCGCCCCGCCCCAGCAACCCGACCACCAGGUGAAAUCCCAUUCACACUCCAUCCCGCCGAUCAAAUCGAUCCCCAAGAGGAACCAGUCGUCGUCCGGGUUCAAGCUCUACGAGCGCCGGAACUCGCUGAAGAAUCUCCGGAUCAACCCGCUCAACCCGUUCCUCGCCCCGCCCGGAUCCGGAUCCGGAUUCUCGCCCCGCAAGCCCGAGAUCCUCUCCCCCAGCAUCCUCGACUUCCCGGCGCUCGUGCUCAGCCCGGUCACCCCCUUGAUACCCGACCCGUUCGACCGAUCCGGACUCGCCGGAGGCUGCUACGCCAGCAGCCCGAUGAGCGCGAAUCAUCAUCAUUAUAAUCGCAACAGCAACGGCGGGGCUAACAAUCCGGCCGGUGCCGGCAUGAUGGAGGCCGACUCGGAGGAGAAGGCGAUUAAGGAGAAAGGAUUCUACCUGCACCCGUCGCCGGCGACGACGCCGAGGGAGGCGGAGCCGCCGCGGUUGUUGCCGCUUUUCCCGGUGACGUCGCCCCGAGUCUCUUCUUCGACAGGUUCAGCUACCCCUUCGUCAUGAAAUAAUCCAAAGGGGGGUCAAACAAACAUAUCAAUUUAAAUAUUCAGAAUUUUUGCUUCUUUUCUUUUUGGAAUCUCAAUUUUUCUCCAUUGUUGCCUCCCAUCCAGUUCUUGAACUCUGUAAGAUUUUUGAAAGUAUAUGUUCGGUGGGGGAUGAUGAUAAAUUGAUAAUGAUGAUGGAUUCUAGCUGAAAAUGUGAAAUGAGAGGAUCUUUGCUCCCAAUUGUAUAAUUUUCGGGUACCUCUUUGUUAUUUUCCCUUCUCUGAGUGUUCAUUUCCCUUCACUCCUGUUAACUCUGCUUCCUGUUUGGUGAAGCAGCCAAGAAUAGUCAAAAUGUUGACUUUAGGAAUCUAAUUUCUGAAUUUUCAUGUUAUUAUUUAUUUUAUCAUUUGUGGGAGGUUAAAUUUGGUGGGGGUUGGGGAAAUUAAAUUUUACCAUAAUAAGUUUGCAUUGCAUGG